AUGUCCUCAUUACAAUCAUCACCAUCAAUACCUUCAAUAAUAGCUACAGAUUAUACAGAUGAUUUAUUUAAAAAAUUUAAACUCAAAAAUUAUCAUACAAUAAAAUCAAUGAAUGAAGAUGAUGAUCAAAUGAAUAUGGAUAGUUCUGAUGGAUCAACAACUCAAUCUUUAAUAACUGAAAAUGAUGUUGAAACAGAUUUUGAAAAAUAUUAUAUGAAACAAAAUUCACAAUUAAUUGAUACGGAACUUCAUUCAAAUUUAAUAACACCAGAUAUUGAUGAUCUUCAACGUAAAGAAAAAGAACUUUUACAAACACUUAAUAAAGUUGAUCAAAAGAUUGAACAACAUCUAUCAUUAAUCGAAAAUAAUGUACAACCAAUGAAACAUAAAAGAAAACCAUUUAUACAAUGUGAAGUUUGUCAUGAUAAAGCAACCGGAAUACAUUAUGGUUUAAUGACAUGUGAAGGAUGUAAAGGAUUUUUUAAACGAACAGUUCAAAAUAAAAAAAUAUAUCGUUGUAUUGGAAAUGGUUCAUGUAUAAUUGAUAAAUUUGAACGUAAACGUUGUCAAUAUUGUCGUUUUACAAAAUGUUUAGAAAAAGGUAUGGUUACUGGAGCUGUUCGUUAUGAUCGAGCACCUGGUGGACGAACCCCAGUUAAUAUUGCUCUAUUAUAUAAAUAUCAUAAAGAAAAACGUCAUGAUCAAAAUCGAGAAGAAUUUAAUAAUUCACUUGAACAUACAAUUAUUUCUGAUGCUGAACUUAAAGCAAAUAUAGAAAAUCAAUUAAAUCAAUCAUUAGCUAUGGAUUCAAAAAUAAAAGUUACAUAUCAGUUUGAUCAAUUAUCUAUUUUGGAUACAUUAUUUGAUCAUUUAAAACCAUUAACUCGUAGUCCAAUACCAUUAACAGAUGAAUUAAUAAAAAAAACUUCACGUUUAUUAAUUGAUUCAUUUAUAUCAUGGUAUCGUUCAUUAUCAUUUUAUUGUUUAUUAAAAAAUGAUUUAAAUCAAUUUAUAUUAAAAAAUCGUUGGUCAAAAUAUAUUUUUUUAGUAAUAUGUCAAUUUUUAUCAAUACAAUAUGAUCAUACAAAUCUAAUAUCAUAUGAUAAAUGUUUACAACGUUUAAUUGAAUAUCAACAAAAUCAAUUAAUUUCAUCAAUAUCAUAUGAAAUUAUAAAUCAAUUUUUAACUUUUUUAUUACAAUUAAUUAAUUUACAUUUAACAAAUACAGAAUUUACAUUAUUAAGUAUAUUAAUUGUUAUUCAAUAUGAUAAAACAAAUAAAACAAUCGAUCAAAAUGAUUUAAUAUCACUUGAACAAGUUUAUUUGAAAAAUUUACAUAAAUACGAAAAUGAAAUACGAUCAUGUAAAGCAACAUAUCGUUUUAAUCAAUUAUUACAUACACGUGAACAAAUAAAUCAUCUAACAGAAUUACUUUUUAAAGAAAGUCAUUUUUAUUUGCCAUAUUUAUUGAUUCCUUAUUAA